CUGUUUUGUAUUCUGGUAGACAUAAAAACCGAACCAAACCGGAAUCUAAUUAUCUGAAUCAACCGGUAAUAGAAUUUUGUAAAUGUGGUCCAAAUUGCACGAUAUUAAGAUGAUACAUAAGCUGAAUUAUUCAACAUCAAUGGCGAACAAGAAAACUCAAGAAAUGGCGAAUCUAUCUUCUCAAAUCUGUAACCAAAUCUCCUCCGUCUUCACCAAACCAACCUCACCAUAUCCACCACCACUCGAUCUCCUCGUAACAGAACUCGCCGCAAUCUCUCGCAACCGCAACAACUCUCGUAUCUUCCUCUACGGUGUCGGACGCGAAGGUCUCAUGUUAAAAGCCUUCGCGAUGCGUCUCUUCCACCUUGGUCUCUCCACCCACUUAGUCUUCGACAUGACAACACCACCAAUCUCAUCUUCCGAUCUCCUAAUCGCUUCAGCUGGUCCUGGAGGAUUCUCAACCGUCGAUGCGAUUUGUUCUGUAGCUAAAUCGAACGGUGCUAAGGUUAUACUCAUCACUGCGGAGCCAGAGAUAGGUUCUUGUGUGAAGCAUGCGACGGAUGUGUGUUAUGUUCCUGCUCAGACUAUGGCGAGUGAUAUCGGUGGUGAUGCGGCGGCGGAGAUGGAAGAGAGACGGUUGUUGCCGAUGGGAAGUGUAUAUGAAGGAGCUUUGUUUGUGUUGUUUGAGAUGGUUGUUUACAAGUUGGGUGACGUUUUGGGUGAGUCUUCUGAGUCGGUACGUGCUCGUCACACUAAUCUCGAGUGACGUAAGGAAUUUGAUUAGCAUGUGGUGUUGUUUUGGUGUUUUGGUUGAGAAAUAGUUGCUGUUUUUUAGUUUGGGUCCUCUCUGUUUUUUUUUCUAGUUGAUUAUAUUUCUUGCUAUAAAAUAAAUAUUCCAAGUAUAUUUAAUUUUAA